AGUCCAAAACAAUCCACACAUAUAAAUACUCCUUAUUAGUCGUCACUUAGGCGAUCUAGGGUUUAUUGCAUCUUCUUCAUCAGCAGCACCGGCGGUCGGUAAGUAUCUGCUCAACCAAAAUGGUGAAGGGUCGUCAAGGAGAACGCGUCAGACUCUACACCAGAGGAACGAUUCUCGGUUACAAAAGGUCAAAGUCAAACCAGUAUCCAAACACAUCAUUGAUUCAAAUCGAAGGAGUGAACACGAAGGAGGAGGUAUGCUGGUACCAAGGGAAACGUAUGGCGUACGUAUACAAAGCUAAGGUGAAGAAGAAUGGAUCACAUUAUCGGUGCAUUUGGGGGAAAGUUACUAGACCUCAUGGUAACACUGGUGUUGUUCGUGCUAAGUUCAAGUCUAAUCUUCCUCCCAAAUCUAUGGGGUCUAGGGUUAGAGUGUUCAUGUACCCAAGCAACAUUUAAGCUGUAGGGAAGAAGAGUAUGGUGAUUGUUGCUGCUGGCACUUUAAUUGUUUUUGUAUUAGUUGUGUUGACCAUUUGGUAUGAAAGAUUUUUGUUUUUUACAUGGAACGUUACUAGUUCUUUAAAAUACUUUGUACUCUAUCUGAAAGAAUGCAAGACCGCCCUUUUUCUUGAUU